UCUAAGCGACCGGUCACCGGGUUCAUCCAUCCGGACUCAUUCGACUUCUCAAGACGUACUUCACCCUUCUUGCCCUUUAGGACCUUCACCCUGGACCCAGAUUCAUUCUACGCUAUACGUCUCAGCCACUGGAUAAUCCCACCUCUAAAAUGGCUUCCACUCACAUUCACCCACGCCGCCGAGGAGUCCGCUCUGGAUCACCUCAAAUGACUCCACUCAACACCUCAUCCCCAUUCUACAAGUCUGGCACCUUUCACUCUCCAUCCAACGGCUUCUCGGAACUCUGUAACCCCAUUGUGAAUGCGGCAUUCAUGCCAAAGCGAUCGUCUACCUCCGUCGAGAGUCUCGAAGAGCUACUUGAAGACGCUGGUGUUCGACGAGUCACAAAUCUCAUCGAACAAUUUGACCGCACACUAGCAAGUGGGAGCAGUCCCUCAUCAUCUGAAGGAAGCAUUUUGAGUGACCGUGAAGUCCUCCCAGUGCCCAGUUUCGUCCUUGACCACACCAGCAUGGAUGAAGAUAACAUGGACCUUGACGUAAAGCCCGUCCAGACUGAUCACCACCACGCAUCCGAUAGCGGUAUCGGCUCCAGCUUGGACGGAUCCAACAAUGAGGAGAGGACUGGCCUGCGUUCAAGCACUCGUCGAUCCGUUGCGUCCACCACUUCUACGAAUUACUCAGCCGUAACUCGUUCUUUCUCUGCCCUUGGCUCAAAGUCUGCCGCAGAGCGUAGUUUGAGUUCCAGUGCCAUACGCAACAUCAAGGACAAAAUCAUCAAGCCUAUUCUCGCUGAGAACUCUCUGAAAGAUUUCCAUCCACUCAUUGCAGAUGUGCCACAUCGCAUUGGUAGCAAAGACAUCUCCAAUCUUCGUGAUUUAGAGAAGACUCUGAUCUUCUUGGCUCCGGUGAGUACCAUUACUGUUCUUUCCGAAUGUGCAAUAGCUCAUUGCAUUUUUCGCAACUUAAAGGAAUAUUCGGCGUCGCCUGAAUCGUAUCUAUCGUUUUGCGAACGAGCAAUCCAGUGCCUCCAUACGACUGUCGAAUACCUUUGUGAACGCGAACAACGACUACCGACUGAUCGACCGUACACUAACAACUACUUCCUUGAUCUCGUGGAACAGAUUCGCCGAUACGCCUCAAUCAUGGCCGCCACCCGUCGUAAGCAGGAAAGUGGUGAAGACCUCGAUGAAAUGGACUACUCUCCUGAAGAAAAAAUCACGUUGCGUGGUGGCCUUUCUCAUAACGGCCGCCCUGUCGAACUCGUACGCGAGAAGGAUGGCAGAGUCCUCCCUAUUGCCGAGGAGAAUACUGUCGAUGAAGCCUUCGUCGACCAUUUCAACACCGCCAAGCGUUCGCUUGAACAAGACAGUGACAUGGAUGACGACGAGGUGAGACGUUCCAUGGCUCGCCGGCGCAAAUCCGAGAAGCCUGGCGAUGUCAUCCACUCCUGCCCCUCUUGCAGUAAAGAGUUCAAGCGUCCUUGUGACCUCACAAAGCACAUGAAGACACACUCUCGUCCGUUCAAGUGCCCCGAGCCGAAGUGCAAGUACCAUGACCAAGGCUGGCCAACCGAGAAAGAGCGUGACCGUCACGUCAAUGACAAGCACUCUGCGGCUCCGCCUCAGUACAAGUGCCUCUAUGCGGACUGCGCCUACGUAUCCAAGCGUGAGUCUAAUUGCAAGCAACACAUGGAGAAGACUCAUGGCUAUGUUUACGUCCGCUCCAAGAGCAACGGCCGUUCAAAGAAGCCAACGGGUACAGCCCAAGCACCAAGCACUCCACUUACUCCUCUCAUUCCUACACCUGGGUCCGGUGUCGCAUCAUCAUCUAACACUCCGUCCACUGCUUUCGAGCCUUCGCCCGCUCUCCAAACAUUGGAGUAUGGUUAUGGCAGCUACACUCCUGCUAUGAGUGUCAAGGACUAUGAUUAUGGGGCGUAUCGUCGUGACUCAAACACGACUGCCGGUACCUACAUGAGUGGGUCAUCGUCGAACUAUUCUCCUAUGCAGCCGCAGCUUAGCUCCAAUUCCAUUUCGCCUCAGGAACCUACCAUGAACAAUGAUCUGUUCCCUGGUACUGCAUUCGGUAGCUACCACCAACAGCAACCUACUCCUGCGUUAAGUACUGGUUUCGACUUCAACAUGACGUUCAAUCCUGCGGCGUCCUCCAACCAGAUUCCUCACUUAUCUCCGGGUGCUCACAACCUUACUCUGCUGGAUGAGGGCUUUGAAGACGACCUCAAUUUUGGCAAUUUUGGCUGCCCAAAUACCGAUUUUCAACUCUUCGAUAAUACAGCACCAACCGGGGAUAUGGAUACCAACUGGUUCACCGACGAUUUUAGCAACAUGGGAGCUCAGCUCGAGGAUUUCAGCCCUGACAUGACAUUUGAGGACCAUCUUAACAUCUAGAUGGAUACCUACCUCUCAUGACUCAAUGCCCUAUCAUUUCUUUUCUCCUCCACGUUUCAUCGUGUCGAGGUUCCCAUCUGUAUAUUAACAGCGUUUCAGCCAUCUGCGGAUGUUGCAUAUUUCUUUCUGUGAUCGAACCGGUCACAGGUAUCUACACCAUUCCAUCAUG